UUUGUAAUCUAGUGAAUUAUUCAGUUUUUCCAUUCCAAUACCAUACUAAAAACAUGUAUUCAAGUAUAUAAUCUUUAUACUUACCACCUGUUUUGCGGAAUUCGUUCCGAUAAACAACCAAUGUCAACUACAUAAUAUCUGCCAACAUUUCUUGAGUUGAAAUAUCAAGAAAUUACACGAAAUUUCUUCAAAACUUUGCUUGGGUUGAAACUUCAACUAAUAAUUCACCAGAACUUGGACACUUAUCUUUCAAUUUAAUACUGACAAUUCGUCAAUAACACUUAAAACACAAAAAAUUCAUUAACUCACUUUUUAAGUUAUCCUAAAAGCACAGUAGGUAUGAAAAAUGAAUGUGGAAUUAAAUAUAAAUACAAAUACACCCUGUGUGGUCUUAUGAUUACAGUUUACUGUAAUGACUGCUUGCGCCAUCUGAAACGGCGUAAACGGCGUUGAUCUCUGCUAAUCAAGUUAGCCAUAAAUCCCUCAUUUUACCCCAAACUUUUGCAGGUAUGAGUAGAUGCACCAGGGUUUUUAGACAUCUUAGUUUUAACCUAUGUAGGUACUUCAUGCACUUUCGGAACCAAGUGAAAUGGUUUUUUCAAGGUUGGCAAUUCGUACGGCACUACCCAAUUCAAGGUCGAAUCGAGUUCAAAUUGUAAGUUUUUUAAAAUUCAUUUAUACAUAAAUCAAUUGUCGGAAAAAAUAAAUGCGAAUUCUCUAUUCUACCUAUAAAAAUAACUAUAUGAUUGAAAAGUAAUGGAGAGUAUUUUGUCUAUAACAGUGCAUAGACAAGUAUAAUACAAAGUAUUGUAUAUGAAAGGAGUAUGCUGCCACAGAUUCUAGUACCUUAAACAUUAUAUUACGCUUUUCUAUGACAACAAUCUUUUUUAAAGAGCGACAUAAAUGUCAACAUGAAAGUAGUCAAACCAGAAAACUCAACACAUGCCGUAAAAAAAUAUAAACUUGUUUUUCUUGGAGAACAAAGUGUUGGUAAAACCUCCUUGAUUACAAGAUUUAUGUAUGAUAGUUUUGAUACAUCUUACCAAGCUACAAUAGGAAUAGAUUUUCUUUCGAAGACGGUUUACCUCAAGGACAGAACUAUAAGAUUACAACUGUGGGACACAGCUGGACAAGAACGUUUCAGAUCCCUAAUUCCGUCCUAUAUUAGAGAUUCUGCAGUUGCUGUAAUUGUGUAUGAUAUCACAAAUAUGUAUUCUUUUGAAUAUACUACAAAGUGGAUAGAUGAAGUGAGAAGAGAAAGAGGGAGAAAUAUAGUUAUAAUUUUAGUAGGCAAUAAAGUGGACUUGGAAAAUUUCAGAGAAGUUUCAGUUGAAGAAGCUGAACAAAGAGCAAAAGAAAAUAAUAUUGUAUUUAUUGAAACUAGCGCCAAAGUAGGGUACAAUAUUAAACAGUUAUUUAGAAGGAUUGGAGAAGCUCUACCAAAAAUCGACCCCACUCUUCAGGCUUCAGAAAAGAAUGAAGAAAUUAUUCUGGGAGAGUCCGAAAGAAAGGAUAUGAACAAUCAAUGUAUUUGCUAAUGAAUCCUAUUGUAUACAUGUUUUUUUAUUUGCAAAUAACACCAUUAUAUGGUUAUUAGCGGCGGAAAAUAUAUUUAUAUACAGUAACUAUAUUAAUUACAAAGUAAUAUUUUGUUUUUCAAGUUCAGAACACUUAGGUAAUUUAAAUGCAGAGUAUGUAAAAAAUAUUCUAAAAUAUCAUUUUGAUUGUCGGCCAAUAUUAGAUAUAGUUUGGUACCAUCUUAAGAUAGAAGCUAAUCUUAAUUUGUUGAUAAGUAUAUAAUGAAAAUUAUUUCCAACUCA